CUAGAGGGCUCAAUCCUCUCCUGAGCUACGUGUCUCUGCCCUCUCAAACGGCCAUCCCACAGACAUGGAUCAGGUAAAGCAGUUUGUCCAGCCAAGUCGGCAGUUUGUAAAGGACUCAAUUCGGCCGGUUAAAAGAUGCACCAAACCCGACAGAAAAGAAUUCCAGAAGCUCGCCAUGGCCACAGCUAUCGGAUUUGCUAUCAUGGGAUUCAUCGGCUUCUUCGUGAAACGGAUCCACAUUCCUAUUAAUAACAUUAUUGUGGGUGGCUGAGUCCUUUCUCAUCAUGGGACGAGUGAACCA